CCGCAGCAGUUGGAGUGUUUGGGCAGCAGCCGCCUUCACUCAGGCCUCAAAAUAGCACAGAGGGCUGUGUGAUGGGUGGGCAGGGGUGUCCAGAGAGGAGUCAUGUGCUCCAAACAGUCGACUGUCAUAGAGCUUGACACGCUGGUGUGGAUGUGCUCCAGCAUCUGAACAUUGUCACAUGCGUCAACUAGUGUAGUUGAUUGUGCACACUUCCUGAACCACUGACGCAUUAUUUCCCCCCAGUGUGGCCAUGAAGCUCAGCUUGGCGUUGUUCUUUGCGGGUCUGUUUGGGGCCUUGGCGGUGGUCUUCAUCCUCCUCUCAUUCGGAACUGAUUACUGGCUGCUGGCCUCCGAGAGUUGCCAUCCACCUUCUGAUGACGAUCGCAACGCUGGGGAGCAUGGUGAUAUUUGGGCAAAGAACGUCACCAGUUGGGUCACUUUCUACCAUGAGGGCUUCUUCUGGAGGUGCUCUUUUGGGGGCAGUGUGGAAGAAGAAGACUUGCAAUGGACAGUUUGGUUCACAAAUCAGCCUUACUCCAAAGUGUGCAUCCACGCCUACCUUUUCCCAUUCCCAGUGUCCCAUCACACUCACAACGCCACGGCCUAUGAAUCCGCCAUAAUCUACAGAGGCUUCUGGAGCAUUUUCAUGCUCAUCGGCGUGGCGGCUGCGGUGCUCGCUGGUUUCAUCAUCAUCUGCGCUGCCCCCUUUGCCAGCCACUGCUUGUACAAAACAGGAGGUGGCUUCUUCCUGGUAUCUGGUUUCUUCCUGCUGUGUGCGGUGGUGAUGGACGUGAUCUGGACUGAGGUGUUGGACGUGGUGGACGUCUACGUGAACUACCAGCGUUCCACCGUGUGUUCAGAUUACCAGCUGAUCAUCAACUACGGCCUCUCCUUCAUCUUCGCUCCCAUCGGCAUCUUCUUCUCUCUGUUGGCCGGCCUCCUCUUCCUCUUGAUUGGCCGAGCCAUCAGGAUCCACUAACUGUGGGGAAUCAAAAGGGAAAUGCGUGAAACUCAAAACACUUCCAUUUAGAGUUCAUGAACUACAGUACUGUGCAAAAGA